AUGGAGGAGACCCGGAGCACAGAUCCCCCAGUGUCUGGGGUGAAGCCCACGCACACGGUGGUCAACUGCUGGUUUUGCAACCAGGACACACUGGUGCCCUACGGCAACCGCAACUGCUGGGACUGCCCCCACUGCGAGCAGUACAACGGCUUCCAGGAGAAUGGAGACUAUAACAAGCCGAUCCCCGCCCAGUACAUGGAGCACUUAAACCACGGGGUGAGCAGUGUGCCCAGCCCCCGAGACCCUGCGCAGCCACAGCAGUGGGUGAGCAGCCAGGUUCUGCUGUGCCGAAGGUGUAGCCACCAUCAGACUACCAAAAUCAAGCAGCUGGCCGCCUUCUCACCAAGGGAGGAGGGCAAGUACGACGAGGAGAUCGAGGUGUACCGCCACCACCUGGAGCAGAUGUACAAGCUGUGCCGGCCGUGCCAGGCCGCAGUGGAGUACUACCUCAAGCACCAGAACCGCCAGCUGCGUGCCCUGCUGCUCAGCCACCAGUUCAGGCGCCGGGAGGCUGACCAGGCCCACAUGCAGGUCUGGGGCUCACCCGUGAUCAAGCAGGAGGCUUCCUGGUUCCAGCUGCACCCUGCAGUGCCUGAAAGUCCUUCCCCGCCCGACCUCGCUCCCCAGUGGUGCUUCCCAGGAGACUCCGCUGGCCUCUUCCCCUCCAGUCCCCGCCUGGCUGUGUCUUACUCAAGCACCACAGGUUCCUCGCCGUCCCUGUUCAUCCCCACCCCGCCCGGCUUCCUGCCGCUGGCCGGCCAGCAGCUGUUCCGGUCUCCCCGCCGGGCCUCCCCCUCCUCACUGCCAGGCCGGCUCAGCCGGGCCCUCUCGCUGGGAACCAUUCCCUCUCUGACCCGAACAGACUCAGGGUACUUGUUCAGCGGCAGCCGCCCCCCAUCUCAGGUGUCUCCACACAGAGAGGUUCCCCUUUCAGAUUACUUCUUGCUGUCUGGGAGCCUCCCCUCCUCCCCUCUCCCCUCCCCCGCGCCUUCCGUGGCCAGCUCCGUGGACUCCAGCUCCGGCUCCCUGCGGCACCGCAGGCCUCUCAUCAGCCCCGCCCGGCUCAACCUGAAGGGGCAGAAGCUGUUGCUGUUCCCAUCUCCCACAGGAGAGGCCCCCCACACCCCCAGCAGCUCGGAAGAACCCUCGCCACCCAGUGGCAGCCUCUUCACCAUCGAGCCUCCUCAGGUGCCGCCCGGGCUGCCCAUGCGGGACACCAAGCGCGCUGUGGACAUGAGGUCGGUGCUGGCCAGAGACGGUGCCUGUAGCAGCCGCUCCAUCAAAAAGGAAGACGACUCCUCCCAGUCAUCCACGUGUGUGGUGGACACCACGACCCGAGGGUGCUGUGAGGAGGCUGCCACCUGGAGAGGGCGUUGUGGACCCUCCCUGGUCCGCGGCCUCCUGGCUGUGAGCUUGGCUGCCAAUGCGCUCUUCACCUCAGCCUACCUGUACCAGAGCCUGCGCUGACCCGGCCAUCUGACAGCCAGGCCGGGCCCGCCGCCCCCACCGUGCCGACCUGUGCCAGGGCCUGCGCCGGCACCCGACUCCGCAGUCCUCCACCUCGUGGACGCCAGUUCCAGUCCCCAGGACGCCUGCUUCACCCACCACCUCCGUGGUGGAUGUGGGUUGUGUUUGGUGCUGACUCUGACCCUGACACCAGGAAUCCCAGAGAGGCCGCCGGACCCGCGGCCCUCACCCCACAUCGGCCAGGAGAGGGCGCACUGCUGAGAACUGAGAACUGAGCCCGGCCCGCCACCUACCAGACUUGCCCACACUUGGGCCACCUUGAUGCCUGGGGAGGCGGGAAGGGAGGGACGGUCAGCCUGCCUCGCCCCCGUUCCAGCCCCUCUAGCUCCUGGGGCUCCAGGGUGGGGAGGACCGUGGUGAGCCCCGCCCUCCCUCUCCCUCACACUCCUGCUCUGUGUACCCCUAUUUUGUGACUUGGUGAAGCAGCCCCCAGGCUGUCUCCCCCUCCCCCGCGCUGCCCCUCAGAGGCCUGGCUUGACCCCUCAGAUCAUCUGGAACCCUCCCCACCCCUGAGGGCCCCCGGCUCCCUUUACAUGACCUCUGACCCCUCCCCCAUCGGCCCACCCGACCAGUACCACCGCUGGCCCCUGUGUUUGGCCCCCAUGUGCAGGAAGAGGGGAUCUUGGCACGCACCACCCUGCCUGUGCUGCAGGGUAUGAGGCCUCGCACCCGCCGCCCCACCGUCUGUCAGUCUGUCCAUUCUGUCAGAUGCUCGCGUCUCCCCACUGGGGACGCGGUGGGGGCGGGGCAGGGGGAGGGUCUUCACUUGCCAUUCAGGGAUAAAGUUUAUUUUAUUUUUCUACACCUCUUGCCAGGCCCGGCCGGUGCUGGGCCGCAGGGUGCCUCCCCGCUCCCGCCUGGGAGUCGGUCUCUGAAGCUCUGGGUGCUCUAAUGUCAUUUUUUAAAAACCGCGCGGGGAAGGGAACCGCGCCGACCUCGCCCCUCUGCGGGGCCGUGUCCAGCCCGCCCUGGCCCUGGUGGGCAGCAGGCGCCAGGGCAGGGUUGGGACCAGAGGCCAGCUGCCCAGGAGGCUUCCAGGGUGGGGGGUGUCUGGUUUUUACAUUGUACUUGUAGCCUAAGCAGCCCGGCCCCAGGCUCGGAGCCCGCGGGG